AUGCGCAUCGCUCCUCCGAUACGAAAUGGUUCUCGAUUGCGCGAUUUACCAUCAACCGCAGUCACCAACACCCGCCGCCUCCACGUCUCCGCAACUUCCACCAAAGGUCACAUUCCUCCGACGCCAAGACCAAACCACCAGGCCGAGAACCCAUCCCUCCCCUCUUUCAACCUCUUCAAACUCGUCCGCGACGCCAAACCAGAGGUCCGCUACACCGUUUACGCCGGUCUCGGCCUGAUGGCUACUGUCGAAACGACUUUCUGGUUCCACGUGCUGCGAGCCAAGUUCUUCCCGCGGGCAUCGGCAGAAGAGCAAGAGAAGGCUGAUGCGCUGCUCCAACGUUUGAGCGAGGCCAUGAAGAACUAUCGUCACGUGUGGAUGACGAAUUACAACCGAUACUACGGUGCGCAUGUGUGGGGGCUGGGGUAUGGAGGGCUUGAUGGACUGUAA